UGCCCGAAGGAGCCAGAGCCGGACAAGAGCAGCACGCGUAGAUUCCGAUUGGCGUGUGAUCGGUUCAUGCCUUCAUGGCAAAACAAUUACAAAUCGUUCUCGUUUGGCGGUUCUGACGCGUGGGAAGCAACGGUCGGAAGAGAAAGAAAAGUCCUACGAGGAUCUAGGAUUCGCGUAAGAAAAACGCAGUGCGUUUUCGCGCCUCAAUUAAACGCGUGUCGGCGUGUCGUUUACACGAUUUGCGACGCGCAUCAAGAAAUUGCUCGUCUCUCUCUCUCUCGCGCUCUAACCUCUCCCCCUCUGUACUCCCCCCUCUUGGUGCGGACAAGCCGCGUUCGCGUCAGACAUUCGUUUCAGGCGCGGAAAGUUUUUCCAGUACCGAGACGAAAAUCGUGUGACGUGUUGGUGGUAGUAGUAAAGAAGAAAGCGGGAAUAAAAGUCGCGCCGGCUCGUGCGCGCGACGCAAGAUGAGCGGUAAUAAAUCGUAAUUGUUGGAGUGAAAAUAAAAAAGGCAGGCGGGAAGAAGACACGACGAAAUGGCCACGACUGCGAACACGAUCUUCUCGAGGAUGCUGAAGACGUUGCGGGAAAACAACAACAUCAAGGAAAAGCGCGAGGCGCUAACCUAUAUUUCCAGUCAAGCCAAAAAGUUAGAGGCAAGUGGCACUAUCAAGGAGGAACGCUAUAAAGAAUUAUGCAGGCUGGUAGUAGAAGCAUUUACAAAAGACGAAGGAAGCAUGCAGUACGAAGCAUUCGCAGCACUUAAUGCUAUUGUACAAGAGUUCAAGGCUCAUUCCUUGCAUCUUUUUGAAUCAAUGUUACAGACAGACAAGAGAACAAGGUUAAAAAUUCUUAAACUAUUGGAAGUGGUAGAAGACAAUGCUAUUUCUGCAGCUGCCAACGAUGGACAAGCCUUAAACUUUUUUAAGGAUAGUAUGCACAGUGUGCAACCUACUUCGAUGGAAUGGAUAACGCCAACAGCGUGCAUAGAUAACUUACAUAUGUUAACGAAGAUUGAGCAACAAGCCUUGUCCGACGAACAGAAAUUGGACGAAGACAUAUAUAAUCACUCGCUUGCUCUUCUGAGAAGAUUGUACAAAAUUGCUGCGAUAACAGUCGAUCAAAAUAUUCAGAGGUUUGAUAAUUUGCUGAUGGACAAGAUUGUAACGUUGGCAUACAUGGGACACAAACGUCAACGUAAUCCUGCUAUAAAAGUCUUGCAGCAGGCCGUGGCGACCAAUUCGUCGGCGCGCAUUCGUAAGGAUUACUCCGACCUGUGGUUGCAGUAUAAAACCAAUUUGCAAUCGAUAUAUUGCAAGCGCAUGUUGUUAUUGGUAACAGCGUGCGAGCCAGACUGGUCUGUUCAGUGGAAUACUACUAUUCAGUUUCUCGGUACAGAUCUUCAUCGUGGUGCUAGUCUCAUAAAUAACUUACUGAGCGUUGAAGAGAAGGCCUUCAAGUCUACCGAUCCUAUUAUACGCAGGCAGGCUUUCCUAUCGUGGAAAUUGCUGAUUGACAAUUUUGCCCUAGACCACCAAGAACUCGCUACUCCCCGGAGAAUAAAAUUGCUUUGUAUUCCGUUAAACGCCAAGAACAGUAAAACUGAAAUGAUCGCGCUGACGAAGUUAGAAGUCUGGUGGCAUUUAAUUAUAAAAUUAUACAAGGACAUUGCGAAAUUUGUUGCUCCCGUUAUGACGCAAUUUCUGAAUUAUUGCUUCGGACCGCUUGGAGAUACGCCGUUACUUUCUUCGAAAUUUGACGUUGUUGCCUCUCCGGCGAAAAGAUUUUUUAAAACAAAAGUAGUUGCAGUGGACGCUUUGUAUCAAUUAAUUGUCGCAAAGGAAGAGCUUUAUUCGUUUGCUCCAAUGUUGGAAGAAAGGCUCCCUCAUCCCAUAACUGACGCUGUCUUUCAAGAAUGUUCAAAAAGCAUUAUUCAUAGUGUAGGCGAGGCCCUACUCAUUCUUGGCCAACUUACGGAUCAGGAAAUGAGAAACCGUUUUCAACUUGGUAAAAUAUUAUGGACAAACCUGAUGAUAUAUAUAAAAAAUAUAAAACUCAACACAAAGGACCAUCUAUACAAAGAUGUGAUAUUAGUUAUAACUGAAUUGGGAAAUCACAUAGAUAAGCUCAUGGUGAAAGAUAUGAUUUGUAACGUAAUUUUGCCGGAUAUUACUCAUAUUAUUAAGAAAAUCGAAUUUCACGAUAACGUUUUGCCGAAAUUGGUAUUGAAGCUUUUAUCGUCUCCAGUACUCGACGAGAUAUCAAAAGAUCGUAGCUGCAAUGAAGAUAUUAAGUGCCUUCUAGGAUGGUGUAUUAGCUCGCAAUUAACGUAUCCUUCAGGUGUGCUUGGGUUCCUGGAAAAAAUAAUGGAAAAUCUGCAAUCUGCAAACGAUGCGCAGAAAAAUAUUAAUACGUAUUACAGGAUGAUUCACGUAGAAUUGUGGCCUACAAUAGCAGAGGUAUUAAUGAAGUACUUAAAGAACAUUCAUAAAACCAAUGGAAACGACGAGUAUAAUAUAAAAACUGUAAAAUCAGUUUUAUCAUUUCCAUUUCAAUAUACGUGUCCGACAAGUUUUGAGGAGACGCAAAGCCAGGUCACGGCGUGGAAGGACUUGUACAAACAGUUUGAAUCACAAUCAGACGUCCUAAGUACGAUAAAACCAAACGAAAUCUUACUAGAUACUGUAACUAUGAUGCGGGAUUCACUAAACGCAAACAAAAAUUGCUGUUCCCUCAUCGUGAACUGCUUGGAUACCUUAUUAAGCACCAUUAAUUUUGAACACUUAUUAGCUCAAGAUGAGACUCCAGUCAUUGUGCAACUAAUACUAGACGCUGCAACAUAUUGUAUUAAUACGGGACAAAAUCUUAAUUCUGAGAUAGCUCUGAAAUCCUUGUCAACUAUGCUCAUCACCACAUACAGACAGAAUCCGCAAAAAGUAACGUCGUGUCUGAACGAUUGUAAAUCGGUAAUUGAACUUGCACUCGCAUCGCAAACAAAGGCACUUUUCAAAGAGAUUGCAAGCACGUGGGAAGUGAUAGUCAGUAUUUUCAAGGGACUCAACAGGCAGCUAAAUCACAAAGUCUUGUCCUCGUAUAAAGACUCUAUCGUACUGGCCAUGGAUCAUCCUAGUCCAGAUAUAAAAUCUUUGGCGCAAUCUAUUUUUGAAGUUAAAGACAGCCUAGACGGGUCUGCUAAGCGUAUUCUAAGUGAAAUAGAAGAAACGUUAGAAAAAUCGAAGUCAAAGUCUGACAGCAGUACGAAGAAGAAAACUGAGACGGGACAGACGAAGGAAGUGCGUAUAGCUGGUAGUUUCUUGAGCAGGAAGUCGCCUAAUGCGAAGCCAAUAUUUAAGCCGCCCGAGAAGAACGAGAAAAACACGCUUGUACUGCCUGAACCUGAUUCGCAAGAUUACGUAUUCAUAAAAACAGACCUGAAGUUUGACGUUAAUCGAUUGACCGAGCAUCAGAAAGAGACCUUAAAGAAGAAGAGGGAGGAUAUACCGGCACUGUACAACGAUCUUUCGCAAUCGUCGUCACAGAACUCGCAAAACUUGCAGCAAUGGUUUGAUAUUAAAACCAAGCAUAUUAACGAGUCGGAGAAAGUCAGUAGUAAGAAGAAUGAUUCUUCUGUAACGCAGAAGCCUGUCGAUAAUGAGGCUAACAAGGAAAAUAAAAUCGCCAUUAAGCAGACAGCAUUUUCGGAUGUAGUGGAUCACAAAAUAGUUGAUCAUAUGUAUUGCAGCAAAUUGGACGAAAAUACCGCCGGCAUUAAACAAGACGAUAACUUGACGGACGAGGUCGAGAAAGAAAAUUCCGACGACAAGCAAGAGGACGAUGUGCCAAAAGACACGAAUUUGACUCCGCAUACGAUGUCUCUCAAUGAGCAGAAUGAUGCGCCGCAUGAGAACGAGGAUACAAAUAUUGAAAAUCCAGCAUCUGUUGUGAAAAAAUUAAAUUUUGAAUCUCGCGAGGAGUUUCCCGAGGAUAGGACGCACGAGCAACAAUUGUCUCCAUCGAUGUUGGAUAAUGUUAAACGACGGCAUCGUAAUAGCUCGUCAAAAUUAAGUUCACCAUCGAAAAGCGAUAAGACUGUGGAAGGCCAAACAGAACCAAUUACGACAAAUGCGCAAAGGACGUUGAGAGUGAAGGCCACCCAGGGAAAAUCUGACACAAGUGACAAACGAAAGCCGAAUGAUGAUACAGAUUUCAAGGAGGGUUCUAGCGAAAAUAAGAAGAGUAUGAAACGUAAAUACAUGUCGGAUAUUGAAUCGGACCAAGUGAUGCAACGUCGAAAGCGAAAACUGAUUUCGUCCAAUAAAAAUCUUAAUGACGACGACGGUGAAACAUCACGAGGUAGUAAUGUAUUCUCGGAUAUAGACAUGGAUAGCAUCAGUCAACGCACGAGAAACGAAAUAUCUCGCUUGAAGAUCGAUAUGGUGUUCGAUUGUCAUUCAGUGAAUCGCCGUCGAGCGAAGCAUUCGGACGAAAAUGAGAAAGAAGCAUCGGUGCAUGCAUUAAGGAAACACGGGACACCGGACACGAAGAGUGUCAAACUGAAAUCUGCGGAUGUGAAAUCUGCAGAAGGGUCAAAAAGAUUUUCGAAAACGACGGAGAAGAGUACGAAAGAUGCGAGGGAUGUGGACGAUGCGGAUCAAGGAACAUUUAAGAGGCGGAGUAGUAGCAGGAAAAAUAUGAAACCAGAGUUUGAUAACGCAGAUGUUAAUAAAGAAGCCAGAAAAUUUAGUAACUUUACUGACAAAGCUUCUGAAUUGAAAAAUUCAGCGGACGCAGAAACGAUACAUCCGACAUCCGUUCAAGCGGUACAAGAUGCUGCUGUCACUAAAGUCCAAGUAGACGAAAAAGAUAAAGUUGAUAAAGACGAUUUCAAAUACAAUUCAAGCGCCGAAAGUUCGGAACUUACCGAACCAAGCAAACAAAGUCAAGAUGAGGUUGGAGAUGUCGUCGAAAGUUCACAAACUUCUACCAUCGGUUUAAAAUUAGAUAAAAAAUGUGGUGAGAAACAAUGCUUCAUUAAGAUCAACAAAAUGACGAAUGUUCACGCCACAAAAGUCUCUGACACGGUUGUUGAAAAACAUAACGUACCUGAAUCCACUCCCAUGGAUUAUGGUGAUAAUGAUGUACCUGAUCCGUGCGAUAGAGCUAAAAAUAACGCAGAAAUGGAUGAAAUGGAAGAAAACAAAGAUAAUGCAAACAAAACUUCAGUUCAGGAAACUGAUAAUUCUGAUAUAAAAGUCGUGAUACCACCAGACAACCAGAAAAUGAUUGACAAUUCGUCGUCCAUGAAAUCUGUGGGAAUAAUUAAUUUUACCUCGCCGAAAAGCAGUACCAAGAUGUCCAAAUCGAAACCCUUCACGGGACGUGCUGCUCAUAUGCUGGGAUUAGUUACGAAGCAAUCGCGAAUCGAUGACGACAGUCCGAUUAUCGAGGAUGAAUUGCCAGCAAAGAAAUUAAAAACUAAGGACGCGGAAAGUGAAACGUCAACGAGUAAAAAAAUAUCAAUGGUCAAAGAGAUAGAUAAAAUAGGUGGGCCUUCUGGUAGCCGGCAAGAGAAGAUGUUCAGCAAUAUGAGAUCGGCGGAUUAUUGUGCCUCAUCAAGCCAUGCGUUUACUACCUUGAAAAAUGAUGGGGAGAAGCUUUCGUUUAAAUCAGACAAGAGUAUGUCUGAUCAUUUAUCAAUGGAAGCUUCAACUGACAAAGAGAACGAGAGAAGUGUAUCGCCUCUGCGCGAAAGAGACCAUCUACCGAUAUUGGAAUGGUCUAGCGCUAAUCCACCAUCAUUGACCGCAUCACCGAGCGCUAGUAUUCUUAAACGAUGUCGAUCGAAUAUGUCGGAACCAGAUUCAGAUUCAACUCCUAACAAGCGAAAACGAGUGAGCUUCGCUGAUCCACCAGUGAAGGAAAUCUUCUUUGACAAUUCCGUUUCAGAAUCUCCGCAAAAACCAAAUAAGUGUCCUACUGUACGCGGUCCCACCUCGAGGAAAGAUUCUCCGUUGCGAUUAAAGCAGGCUAAAUUUAAAUAUCCACCGAUAGACGUCGAGAAAGUACUAAUUGACAACGACACUCAAAACCAAAACGAUACUGAAGCUGUUUCGAAUACUGAGGAGAGUACUGAGAAGAGGGACGAAUCAUUGACAAAAAUAUCUGAAGCAUCUUCGGAAACACUGAAUAUCAAUGAGCAGACACAUAACGAUCACCUAGAGAAUAACAAUGUCGUUGAAUCAGAUUUGCGUGCGAGAAUCAAUAUCGAUGAAGAUUUAGGAUUGGCGCAAGAAAUUGAGAUAAGCAUGGACUCGUCGGCUUCUGCGGAAGAUCAACAGGUUUUACCUUCCGGAGAGGUAGAGAAUUCUAUCGACACUGUGUUAAUAGACUGCAUCGGAACAGUGGAUUCCGAAACGCAACAAGACAUCUUUGACGGGGCCGAUACGAAAAACAAUGUUACGCUGCUCGAGACGAACAACUAUGAUAUUAACAGAUCCAUCCAAAAUAAUUCGGUAGAUUCUAUUAAGUUGAACGUAACCAAUGACUCUGUGAUAGAGGCUUUACCUACCAGAGGCGAUAAUGUGACGAGUCUAGAGGAUACCGUAGAUAUCCAAAAUAUGACCGAGCUGAAUUCCACUAUGAAUUCGGACGAGAUAUUCUGCGGGAAAUUUAUGCGCACCAGUACCGGCACGCACGGGACGGGAAACACGGCGGAACAGGACACUUUAACGGUGACGGAUUCCGUAUUCGCGAGCUUACCGCUGUCGCAAGACACUCAGGAGGCUGAGGAAAACGUAGAGCCGGAUUACGAAUUUCUCGACUCUACGCAGCCUAUUUAUCCGACGUUGUCGUCGUGCGUGGAACCCAUCGAUACCAUCAUCGAGCAGUUGACCUAUCCCCCUUGGAAGCAAAAUCUGCGCACGUACUUCACGACUACUAGCUUGUGCACGAUCGGCGAUCUUGCCCAACUGUCAGAACGCGAAGUUAACAGGCUUCCCAUGAAGUGUAAAUCGAAAACCAAAUUUGUCAAGAAGGUGUUGCAACACUUUGAAAGCGUGCAAAUCAAGCGCUUGGACGAGACGUCGGACACUAAAGUGGAACAGCCGCCUGCUGUGACGAUGGACGAAACACAAACUGCAUCAGCCGCUCCAGUAUCUGUAAUAAUCGACGAAUCUUUGAGUUGUAGCACGCCGCUUAACCAGUCUACCGUCGUAAAGAUUCUCGAUAAUCCGCCGGAAGAGAAAUCACCUACAGAGCAUUUAGAUAAAACCGACUCUAUUGUCAGUGACAUGAAUAUUUCCUCGGAACAUGUGUACUCCAAAAAUCCUGAUCUAUUAGCAGAUAUUUCUGGAGGGAAUGAAGAAGAAGACGCGAGGGUAUCAGUCGCUACUCGAAACCCACCUGGAACAUCCACCGAUGAGACUAAACCCACGUCUACUUCCCCAUUAUUCUCUAAAACUGACGCAACUGCAAGCAAAUCGGCGUCUUCAAGUGCCAGUAUAAACGCAUCGGAGAGCCUCGCUGAAGCCUCGAGUACGUACGAAGAACUUCACAUUACUCACUCGUCUGUCGGUACUAGCACCGAGGACGAUAGUUUCGUGACGCCAAGCGUUCAGAAAGUCACCAAGUCCGUGGAGUCUCAAAUGGCACUUGAUGAAUUAUUGGACGAAAUCGACGUGAACCUCGUGUUGAAGAGCGCCGUUAGGAGAUGCAGUCCCGAAACGCUGCUUACGCAGUAUAAGAUAAAGAUGAGUCAUUUAAAGGAGACGGAACUGAUCAAAGAGACUAUCAGGCUGCUCGGUUUACAGAACAACAAGGUUAACGAUACGUCGUUGAAAGCGGCCUGUUACGCGUGCGGCAUCAAUAAGGUGCUCACCAGAUUACCGGACAUCUUCAGCCACGACAAACAGUUUUUUAACAAGGUCCUCAAAGUGUACAGCAAAAAGCUCAACAUAACCGACUGCCUAAAUGUCUUCAAUUACAAUCAGUUGAAGAGCGCGAUCUGCCAGAUGUGCUCGUCGUCGCAACUCGUCGAGAUACUGUCGGAGAAGCUGAAGCAGGAGGAACAGCAGGGUAUCAAACAACCGAUGACGGAAUUGUCAAGUCUGGACGCGAUGUUGCAGCGAUUACCGAUGGACGUGAUCAUCAGUCAUACUGUGGCGAACGAGGAGCUGAUACCGGCGCCGGUAGUCCUGGACAUAGCCCUGCAGAACAAUAGUUCGGACGACAUAGCGCGGGCGUUGAAUGCGCAGUCACCCUUCAUGGCCAAAAGCGUCAUGGACAAACUAUGGACAUCACAGUUUACGGUCGCGCAUAUCGAGAACGGCGACGUGCCCAAAGACAGCUUGCUCAGCAUUUUUAAGAGUGUAUGCUCCAAACUGACCGCGGAAGAGCUGUUGGACGCAUAUCACGAAGCCAUGACUAGCAAGCUCAAGCUAAAAGAGGAAAAGAAAUAAACCUGAAACUGAAGGUAGAAAUUGCAAUUGCAAUGUCAAGUCAAAUAAUAAUGCGACUGAUGUUUAGUACUGAUAUAUAUUUUUCUCAAGAAAUCACUUUGUUCACCUCCAUUCGUUUAUUCUCUAUUGUAAUUCGUUCGUUAUUCACCUUUAAAAGUUGUGAGUCUUUGACGGGCUCUUUUCAUUGCAUAGUCCGUACAUAAUGGCCUCUCCGUUGUCUUUGUUUUCUGUUGUAAUUGUUACCACUGAUAGGUUCAUUAAAGCUUAGCUGGACUUAUUCAUCAUGUUAUUCAUCAACUUUGUUAGACGAGUUGUAUGCCAUAAAUAUUUACACAUUUACCAUAAUUGUAGCACGUUCAUGCAUUAGGUAUUACAUCUAAAGACGUAAUUAUUUUUUAAUUAAUUGCACUAUGUUGCAAUACUUGUAUAUAUAUAUCCCCAUAUGGAGAAAAGCUUUUUACCACUUUGAUUUAGAUGUAUUAAAAGCAUCUUAAUUACAAAGCAAAUAAAGAAAGGAAAGGAAAAAAGUAUGUAUAAAUACAGGAUAUAAUGUGUAGUCUUUGCAUUUUCAUACUUUGUUGAAUUUACAUCACAAUUUUGCAAUUUUGUCAAAUAUUGGUGCUCUAAAAUUAAUCUGUUCUCGAUGUUUUCAUUCCAUAAUUAUUUUUAUGUACACAACCUCGACGUAAUAACAUAAAAGUUUAAAAAAUAAUUAUAAACAAUCUAAUUAAAUCUAAUUUUCUUAAAUUGAACUCAUUAAAACUGUGAAAAUUUUGAACAGUGUAUCAUGUCUAUCAUGUUACUUCGAGCAAAUACGGAGAUUGCUAUUACAAAUAAGUAUUCGGUAAGACCAAACGCGCAAUUAUCAGUAAUUAUUUAUUUUUUUUAAUGAUAUGAAUUUUUUUCAUUUAUUAAAUAUGUGCGAUACGAGAUUAGAGUGUCUCUUAUCUUCAAUCUGGAUAGUUCCUUAUUCACCUUAUCCCAUCAUGAUUUCUUUUACUUUCUCUACUAUUUUUAUUAAAUAGUAUGUUAACUAAUUAGUAUAUAUCAUAAUGCAUGUUUAAUUUCGUUAAUAAACAUUUAUAUCAUUCAAGAAAUUCAUAAUUUUCAAUAAAAUUCUAUUUUAAAUUAGUUAAAUGAUUUUAAAUAUACUUAAAUUCUCGUUUAUUUUUUUUAUGGUUAUAAUAAGAGAAACAUUCUGUAUAAUAUCUUUUACUGUUCAACAUUUUUCAUCCUUAUUACAUUAUUAAGAUUUUACGUUUGUAUAUGUUUGAUUCAUAUGACCGUAUGAUACUACUAUGACAAACAAUUAUUCGUGAAUUGCACGAAAAUGUAUCUUUAAAGAUUAUUAUAACGUAAUAUCACAAAGUAACGUCUUUCGAAAAUUGAAUGAAAUAUCGCUGCAAACUUGCACACGAAACCACAUCAAUUAUUCAGUCUUUUAGUUUAGGUAUGUAUUAUUGUAAAUAUAGAUGUAUGUGUAUGUAUGUCAUUCACCAUGAUGGAAUCACAAUGAUCAAUAUAAUAUUCAUUGAUUAA